UGCAUUUGCUUCAGCCAUCUCAGAGUGCUUUACAACCACCCAGGAAAUACAGAGAAGUUAUUUCGCUGCCGCUUUGGAAGAGAACAAACUUCAUUUCAUUCAAGAUCGUUGAACAAAGAAACGAAAAGUAUGGAAUUUGAGAGAGAUCUUAAUCUUGAUGCAACAGAGCUUAGGUUAGGCCUCCCCGGCACUGCCACAAAACAGUCAGAGAAGCAUACACCUAACUCAAAUCUUGCCAAGAGCAACAAAAGAUCAUUGCCUGACAUGAAUGAAGAGCCCGCAGGAUCAUCAGGGGAAAAUUCUAGCGUCUCAUCAAAUGACAAAAAAAGCCAUGACCAAGAAACUGCUCCACCCAUCAAGGCACAAGUGGUAGGGUGGCCACCAAUCAGAUCUUACAGGAAAAACUGUCUACAAGCAAAGAAACUAGAGGCUGAAGCUGCUGGACUUUACGUGAAAGUUAGCAUGGACGGUGCUCCUUAUCUCAGAAAGAUUGAUUUGAAGGUUUACAAAGGAUAUCCAGAACUCCUUAAGGCCUUAGAAGAGAUGUUCAAAUCCAAAGUUGGUGAGUAUUCGGAGAGGGAAGGGUAUAAUGGAUCAGAACAUGUAACAACAUAUGAAGACAAAGAUGGAGAUUGGAUGUUGGUUGGAGAUGUUCCAUGGGAUAUGUUCAUCAAUUCAUGUAAGAGGCUGAGAAUCAUGAAAGAGUCAGAAGCUAGAGGUUUGGGUUGUGCUGUGUAAAGCCUCACACAUGCAAUUCAGGAGGCCCCUAACAAACGAUGAAGAAGAGAUCCGAAAGAGAAAGGGAAGAGUUGCACUUUUAGCCUGGGUUCUCUGAGAAGAAAUAUCAAAUAUGGAUCAAUUUUAUCACCCAGAAAGAAAAAGAAUGGAUCUGGAUUUUUCCUUUGUGGGAUUGCAUGUAAUAGAAGAUUUUAGAAGGAUUUGUUAGGAUAUCACAGAUCUGCAUGUAUAGUUGGCAAAUUUGCUUCUUGAAUGCAAUUGUACAAAGAGUUCUACAUCA